UAAGCACUCCUUCACUUUCAACACAACUUCACUAACUUUCCCUUAUUUCACUCUUAAACUCUAAACCCCAACUCUCCAGAUUUCAUAUUGCAAACGAUGGCGUCAUUGGAUUCAAAAGAAUCACCUGCCAAUAACCCAGGCCUUCAUUUUCCCCCUGACGAAGCCACCAAAGGCUACAUCAUGCAGCAAACCAUGUUUCGUAUUAAGGAUCCAAAACGAACUCUUGAAUUCUAUAGUCGUGUUUUGGGCAUGACGUUGCUUAACAAAGUGGAUGUUCCAUAUAUGAAAAUGACAUUGUAUAUGAUGGGAUAUGAGGAUGUUUCAUCAGCUCCAACUGACCCAGUUGAGAAAACUAUUUGGACAUUUGGAAGACCAGCAACUAUGGAACUGACACACUUUUGGGGUACCGAAAACGAUCCCGAGUUCAAAGGAUAUCACGAUGGGAAUUCGGAACCUAUUGGAUUUGGGCACAUCGGCCUUACCGUGGAUGACUUGUACAAGGCAUGCGAGAGAUUUGAAAGUCUUGGAGUGGAAUUUGUCAAAAAACCAAGUGACGGUUUUGCAUUCAUCAAGGAUCCUGAUGGUUAUUGGAUUGAAAUCUUUGAUUUGAAAGGAAUUAGACAAAUAGUUAACAGUUUAGCUUGAGUUAAUGCUUCACCAAAUUCAGGAAACAAUGAUAUGGCAUAUGUUGUAGAUUCCAAUGUCUACUCUCAUACGUUAAUUCCUUUGCUUUCCGAAACUUGUCGAGGGACAAACUCAAGCGAAAUCUUAAAUGAAGCACAUUUCAUUCUAGUUGUGUUUGUGUUUUCUUCAUGUUUGAUAUGUAGAACAAAUAAGGUGAAAAUAAAGAAUUUUGUAAGAGAAAAUUCAACCUUUAUUAAAUUCUAUAUAAAUUACAUUAAAAAUUUGUAUGCCAA